AUGGAAGUUUCGUUUCUGGGAAUGUUACGAUAUUACGGCCGUGUUGGACUCGCGGGAUGGGGCGCUGGCGUUGGAGCUGGGGCUGUGUUUUGCGCAAUCCUACCCUUUGUCUUGACUGUUUGGCUCGAGUCCUUUUUACGGGACUUUAUUGACUGCAUUUAUGCACUUACAGGUGCCAUGCUCGUGGCAUUCUUUGUCGUCCUCCCAGGCGCACCCGUCAACUAUCCUCACGCGCAACAAGAAGUGUCAAAGGUGGAUGUCGAGGAUGCUUCUCUGCUAGCCCAGGAUCCCGUUGAGCAGCUCUCACGCAUGCUCAGCACGAGAAACCGACUCAAUCUUACUAAAGCCAUGAUUCGACCAUUCAUGAUGCCUUUGUUCGGAGCAUUUGCUAUUCAGGCUUUGGCAUACCCAGGCAUAGCUCGAGCCUUGCCUCUUCCUACAUCGUACACGUCCUUCUUCUCUUACUUCACCACCUACGGCCUUGCUUUCCAGCUCGGCAACUUUAUCUCCCGAACGCACACGCUUCUCUUCCGACCCACCAGUACCAAGGCCGCUUUUACCAUAAUCGGAGCUUCGACAUUCAUCUUGCUCGCCAACUCGACCUUUCUGAUCUUCUCAGCAGAAGUCCUUGUUGGAUUACUGGCUUUCGGGGCCGGUCUUGGCGGAGGAGCAGUCUAUAUGACUAUUUUCGACCGAGCGCUGCAAGAUAAGUCUUUCGAGUCGGGAAUCAAUUUGGAAUUUGGUCUUCAGAUAGUGGGCGUCGGCGAGACUACUGGUGUUAUUGUUGAUGGUGCCACACAAGUCAUUGAUGAGAAGGAAUAA